ACGGUCCGAGGGGGCGGCUCCGGGCGCGGCUCCGGCAGCUGAGGCACCCGCGUGCCGGCGGGAACCGUCAACCGAGCCCUGAGCCGGGAGCCGCCGAGAGCCGGGCUCUCGCGAGGCCCGGAGAGGAGGCGUCUUUGUGGCGAGAGGAGCCGGGUGGCUCAGAGAGAGAAGAAGCGCGGCGCGUGGGCCCCGACGGCGGCCUGAGCACGUCCGUGCCGGCCCACCGCGCUCCGGCGCUGUCACCGCUCCCUCCAUUUUGAGAGGGAGGCGGGCGCCCCUUCCCCGGCUGCCCUCGGAGCCCGAGCCGCGCUCAUGGCCUUCAGCCCGUGGCAGAUUCUGUCCCCCGUGCAGUGGGCGAAAUGGACGUGGUCUGCGGUGCGCGGCGGGGGAGCCGGAGAGGACGAGGCUGGCGGCCCCGAGGGCGACCCCGAGGAGGAGGACUCGCAAGCCGAGACCAAAUCCUUGAGUUUCAGCUCGGAUUCUGAAGGUAAUUUUGAGACUCCUGAAGCUGAAACUCCAAUCAGAUCACCUCUCAAGGAAUCCUGUGAUUCAUCACUAGGAUUGGCAAGACCUGGGGCCAAAACCCAAGAAUUACAAGCUGAUGAACAGCUAAUAGCAGAAGUGUUUGACAAACACUCACCUGAGACUUUUUCUGGAUCUUCAGGAAAUGAAGUACCACAGCCAGCCACCGAUCCUCUCUCAGUGAGGGAUUUCCAAGAAGAAACUAGUCAUGAUACCAGCAAAAUUUCAGUAGUGAGGCCGUUUUCAAUAGAAACCAAGAAUCCCUCCGAUACCACAGCAGCUCUUGGAACAGAAGCGGCCCAUGGCUAUGUAACUGCAGUCUCAGGCGAGGCUUUGCCCUCCAGCAUGCCACGAGCCACCCAGGACAAGGCAGUGACAGAAGGCAGCAUGGGGGUUACACUCGAAGCGUCUGCAGAAGGUGACUUAAAAGCUAGAAGUUCCUGUCCAGAGCCUGUGGCCAGUAGAAGCAAGCUGAAAAAGCCCAAACCUGUGUCCUUUCGGAAGAAAACAAUUGGGGGAGAAUUCUCAGGGAUGGAAACUACCACAGAGGGAAGACCUCUUGCCAGGGUGUCUUAUCAGACAAACCCUGAAGAAUUAGAUGAGAAUGUAUGUCCUGCUCUGCUGGGAGGUGACAGAAGCCAGAGAUCUCCCCCUGGCCUUAAGGAAGCUUCAGACACUUUCAUUAGUGACUCCACUGACUCAGGGAUUGAGCCACAAGAAGAGAUAAGAAGCUCACCUCUCAAGCUUGAGUUCGAUUUCACAGAAGAUACUGAAAACAUAGAGGGCAGGAAAGCCUUUCCAAGGAAACUUGGCAGGAAACCGGGUAACAAACUGACUCCCAAGAUACAGAAAGAUGGUAUCCAUGGGCCAGUAGAUGUAGAACAGCCUGCAGACCCCACAGCUAGAGACACCUCUCUCUCCCAGGUGCCUUCUAAGCUAGAGCCUGGUCAGUGGGAUCAUCCCAGCUCUAAUUCCUUUGGGAGCCACUCCUCUCUGCAGAGCUCCCCACCCCUCUCCUCUAAGGGCUCCUAUGAUUGUGACCCAGAUAACUUCAGUGAAUCCAUGGAUCCUUUUAAACCAACUACAACUUUAACAAGCCGUGACUUCUGUUCUUCUACGGGUAAUCAUGUUAAUGAAAUCUUAGACUCACCCAAGAAGUCAAAGUCGCGUUUAAUAACGACCACUGAGCAAGUGAAAUUUCUCUGUUUUCUGUUGAGUGGCUGUAAGGGGAAGAAAUAUGAAAGUCAGUCUCUUGCUUUGGAAACUUGUCAGGAUGAAGGAGCAGUGAUCUCCCAGAUUUCAGACCUUUCUAAUAGGGAUGGCCAUGCUACAGACGAGGAGAAAUUGGCAUCCACGUCAUGCAUUCAGAAAUCAGCUGGGGCCAUGGUGAAAGGUGAGCCAGAGGAAGACCUGGAGUACUUUGAAUGUUCCAAUGUUCCCGUGUCUACCAUAAAUCAUGCGUUCUCAUCCUCAGAAGCAGGCAUAGAGAACGAGACGUGCCAGAAGAUGGACAAAGAGGAAUCUGCUGUACUCGGACUACAUGUGUCCUCAGAGAAGGCCCCUGUGUCUGUGGUCUGCGACAGUGAGAGCCCCCUGGAUGGAAUCUGCAUGAGUGAAUCAGAUAAGACUGCUGUGCUCACCUUGAUAAGAGAAGAGAUAAUCAGUAAAGAAAUUGAAGCAAAUGAAUGGAAGAAAAAAUAUGAAGAGACUCGGCAAGAAGUCUUGGAGAUGAGGAAAAUUGUGGCUGAAUAUGAAAAGACCAUUGCCCAAAUGAUUGAAGAUGAACAGAGGACCAGCAUGACCUCUCAGAAGAGCUUUCAGCAGCUGACCAUGGAGAAGGAACAGGCGCUGGCUGACCUGAACUCUGUGGAAAGGUCCCUUUCUGACCUCUUCAGGAGAUACGAGAACCUGAAAGGCGUGCUGGAAGGAUUCAAGAAGAAUGAAGAAGCCUUGAAAAAAUGUGCUCAGGAUUACUUAGCCAGAGUCAAACAAGAGGAACAGCGAUAUCAGGCCCUGAAAACUCACGCAGAAGAGAAAUUAGACAGAGCCAAUGAAGAGAUUGCUCAGGUUCGUACAAAAGCAAAGGCUGAAAGUGCAGCUCUGCACGCUGGACUCCGGAAAGAGCAGAUGAAAGUGGAAUCCCUGGAGAGGGCCCUUCAGCAAAAGAACCAAGAAAUUGAAGAAUUGACAAAAAUCUGUGAUGAGCUAAUUGCAAAGCUGGGAAAGACUGACUGAGAUUCAUCCCAUCAGCUAAGCAGAUCUCCACUUGGCUGCUUCUGUAGUGACCACAGUUAAUCUUGCCUUAUCCAGAAAUAUUUGCCCCUUUGCAGAAAAAGAAACAAAAACUUUAUAAAAAGCACACACCUCCUGCUGCCUGUCCCGCUUUGCUGUUGAUGCAACAGCCCCAGAGGAGACUGGAGCAUGGCCCCUUCGUGAAGAAGCAUGGAUCUGAUGGCUGGCGUUUCACAUGGCUCCGGCUGCAGUCCAGUGAGCCAGGCCACUGAGUGUGGUCUGUGGUUUCUCUGCCUUUACUUUGUCUUAGCAUCCUCUUUACUUUUCCCAGAUUUGUUAAAUUCGUGAUUUUGUGACCACUGUUUAGGGUCACCUCUUCCGCCACCUGUCUGGUAUUUUUGUGACCUGUUUGAUCUGUUAAUUUUCAUUAUCAGCAUUUUUAUCGAAGGAGUCAAUUUGGCCUAUUGUUAGUUUCAGUUUAUAAACAGGAAAUACCCUUUUAUAUACAGUAUACACUGUCACUUAUACAUCUAUAUCUGCAUAUGCUGCUGCUUUUCCCUGGAGGCAUAUCAGUUAAGAACAUCUGUAGAAGAACAUGUUUCCAUAAAUGUAGAACCUAGUUUAAAACAGAGCCCUGGCUCCAGAUGUCAAUUUAAGAAUCUGGGGGCCAAGUGCUAUGGCACAUGUCUGUAGUCCCAGCCACUUGGGAGGCUGAGGCAGGAGGAUUCCUUGAGCCUAUGGGUUUGAAACGUGGCAAGUCCUUGGUUCAAAAAAAAGAAAAAGCGGGUGAUCACAGAUGUAAAGGAUGUGGACGGUUUCACAUCUGGGGAGACUUUGCUGUACUGUUUUGUUGCCCCUCACAUUUGAUGGCACUUAGUCCUAAGAUUGAGUCCUAAGUAGUCAGUGUUGUGCAUGAACAGCAGCAAAGGACUCACUCAGAGCUGGGGUUUGGCAAAUGUGUCCUGGAAUCAUUUGGUUCCUUCUGCUUCCAUUUGUUGAUACAGACCCAACAUCUCACCUUUGGCACCUAUUGAAAUAUGCCAAGAAAAUGUACUUGUGAAAGCUUUAUUUAAUGAAAAAGUAACUAGCCCAUUACCAAUUAUAAGGAGCAGGAACAGGUUUUUUGUUUGUUUUUACAGGCUUGGUAUGUUCUUCAGAUGUUAAAAAUGUGUAUUUUCCAAUUUAAGAUAGAAUUUUAACAAAGCAGGCAGUAAAAAUCUUGUGAGCCCUUCCAUGUCUCAGCAUACUGUUAGUAUUUUUAAACAAAGACAGUUUGAACCCUAAGGAAGGGAACGUGAGAAGUCCAUGCUAACAAAACCAAGCUCCUCAAGCUCUUGCUAGCCUCGGUUCAGAGUGGUGGACAGUAACCCCAAAAUGAACAUUUCCCAUGUAAGGCCAGUGCAUCUCUUUCUAUUUGGUAGGGGAAACCAAAUCUGUACAAGUGUUUUAGAGCACUCCAUUGUCUUAAUCCUAUACCCUGAAAGGCUUCAUGGUGGUAUGCACUAUAUUCAGUACCUGUGCUUUCCUACUUCUCUUGUAAAACUAUUGCAUGAGCCAACUUGAGCAAUGAACUGUGCCUCGUGAAAACCUCUGUAGAUCUUGAAAGUGAAUAUUUCCUUAGCAGUGUGUUACUCAGCAUGGGUGCAAUCUUUAGCCCCAGGGAAGUCAAUAAUUUCUUUUAAACCCAGAAGUCAUGUUUUACCAAUACUCAUUUAUUAUAAUUGGUGCUUAGGCUGUAUUUUAAAGCCUACUGUCUUAACAUUUUGUACAAAGAAAAAAAAUUAGCUGUGGUUAGAGAAGUGGCUUGACAGUCAUUUGGGCUUUGAAGUAGUCACUGUGGCUUAUUGUGAAUGCUGUCCCAGUAGUCACAGUCUCAAAGUACAAGUGUCUCCUGAUAGUGUGACCAGUUUCCUCUUAGUCCUCUCCUGCAAGUAAAGUUGGUGCUGCAGUUUGCAGAAACAUUACAAAGCCACCUGCUGCUUGUGUUUUGUUGGCAUACCCAUAUUUACUUAUUUUAUAUCAGUCUGUCUUAAGUUUAUAAUGGCUAGUCACCUUUCUUGUUAUCUUUUUAAAAAUUUUUUUGCAGUCCUAGAGAUCAAACCCAGAGUCUUGUACAAAUUAGGCAAGUACUCUACCACUGAGCUGUAUCUCCAGCCCCAGGGGCAUCUUCUUAAGCUUACUGUGCAUUUCAGAAGUACAGUGUGCUGUGCACUAGAGCAGAGCUGACACGAGUCCUUCUCUAGCACGCAAGUCCAAGAGACCCCCCUGAAAACGAGAGCCUGCUGAAUGAGGUUCCUGCACAAGGAACACAGAAGGGCCCUUGAUAAGUGAUAUUGCCACUGGCCUCCCAGUCCUGACCAUUACAAGGAAUAUCCACCAUUCUCAUUUAAUAAAUACAUCCACUCCAAAAAGAAAAAACCAUAGCUAUACAGCUGGCAGAGCAAGAUAAUGUACUAGGCAAAAGCUGGCCAUGGUGGUAUAGACCUGUAAUCUUAGCACUCUGAGAGGCUGAGGCAGGAGGAUCUCAAGUUCAAGCUCUCAAAGAAUUUUUAAAAGGGCUGGAGAUGUGGCUCAGUGCAAAGGCCCUGGGUUCAGUACUAGGAAAGGGGGAUGGGCAGGGGUUGAAUAUACUAGGCAAAUGGAGAGUAUCUUUUCUUUAAGCACAAACACACACACCCUAAUAGUUUUUUGUACUGUGGCAAAUAAGAAUGUAGUGUAGGGCAGUGAUGGCAAACCAUUUGGAGCUUUCAAUGAUACAAACAGCCUGCUGUGGCACCCCUGCCAUAGGUUUCCACCAGUGGUCUAGAGUCUGUUUCAGCACAUGUGAGGGCCAAAUUACUUGUUCAAUUAAAACAAAAAACCUGAUCCAAAAGGGAAAGAGAAGGAAGCUGCAGGUUUAGAUAGGGAUUUUGGAAUUACUGUGUGAUCUUGAGACUGUGAGUCCAGAGCCACUUCUUUAGCUUCCGACUUUGCCAAAAUGUAUACUGCUUUGACCCAGCAGUUUUUUGGUAAAGGCUGAGCAGUUUACUGUAUGCUGGGCUAGACAGUCACAGUCACACCUAGACUUGACCUCACUGGCAGAAGCCCCUUGAACCAGAGACCUGCCCACACCUGGUGUCAGUAGAUCUGCUCUGGAGACACUGAAAUGCCCAGUAUUCAGCCUCCUCAGACCCAGCCUAGACUAGGAAGUGCAGCAGUGCACGGUGGUGAGAAACUGAGGCUUUGACAGUCUCUGACUUCCCCUACUGCUCAUACUCAGGACAGCCUCCACACAGAUACCAGACAGCCCUGAGCACUUCUGUAUGUGUCCACAGAGGAAUAGACCACCCCACCAAGUGGGCUUCCUGAGUCGCCCAGGGCUGCACUGCCUGCUGACAGGGUUGACGGAGGGCUCCCCAUGGGCUGAGGGGCCGAGACCCAGUGGGUGAAGCGCAUGUGCACUGAAUCAGUGACUCAGUACAUUCUUUGCUAGUGGAGUGAGUAUCCCAAAGCCCUCCUUUUCUUUUCUUUCUGGUUUUUCAUUACACUUGGUAACCAUCUCAUGAAUUGUCCAUGACUGUUUUUUCUUUGUAGUGGUGUGACCACUUGGUCUCAGACUUGAAUUUCCUUAUCCUCUUGUUGGGAAGAGAGAAACUAGGUGUUGAAAGAUUAAAUGAUUCAGGCAAGAGAUUUUAAAGUAAAGCUGUGUAUAUUCUGAAGAAUUUUAAAGAUAACAGAUUUCUACUUCUUAAAGAACAAACAUAGUCUGGGAAUCCCAGAAUGUCAAGCCAAAGGUCUAAGAAGUCAUGUUCUUUCCGAGAUUUUAAUAAAGGAGUACUUUGAGAAGAUUUCUGUUCAAAAAGCUUUCACUGAACUCCAGAUUCCAGUUAUUUUUAAAAAGCAAUUUAUGGGACUGGGAGUGUAGCUCAACAGAGGAGUGCUUACCCAGCAUGUAUGAGGCCUGGGGUUCCCUCCCUAGUGCUGCAAAAAAAGGAAAAAUAGUUUACCACUCAGUCUUUGAGUCUCAUACAGAAAAGGUAGAGGAGUUGAUGCUGCAGACUGCUCUCUGUAAGGGUCUCCUCCGGUGACAGACACGUGGCACCAUCCUCCAGUGAAGUCCUGCUCCCUCGUGCCAGAGCUUGCAUUCUGGAGUCUAAAGAUUGCACUUUUCGUAGUUUUUCAUCCAAAUGCAAUCCCAUUUCUGUGCCUCUUAGCAUGCAAUUAGAUUUGGACAAACAUGAUUCCUAAGGAAUGACUUUAUUAACUAUAAUAUGGUUACAGCUAUUAUAUAAAUACAUAUUCUGGUUAUAGUUCUAAUAUGGAGAUGUUGCGUGCCAUCCUGGCCUGUGGCAGUCUGUACAAUGCUUUAACUUGUCUGGAAGAGGCUGGGCUUGAAGUUCGGUGUGGCCUGGACCUUCCCAGUGUCGACUCUUCACUUUGUCAGUCAAGAUGCUGCUGUCUCUUCCUUUGCCUGUUAGUGGCAUCUGGAAUAUACAGUACUCCAAACAGCAUUUCCUAGUCAGAUCACCAACUGAUAUUCUAGAUUUUGGAAUAAUUUUCAAGUGAAUAUAUGCAAAUUUGAGCUCAGAAACCAUGCCCAGCCCAGAUACAGGGCAGCCUGUAGGUCGCCACACCCAUGGUGUGGGCCUUUGCCUCUGUCCUGCUCAGGCAUGGAAAAGGACCCAGGCACUUUUGCACCUCAGAGGUAGCAGUAGACUUCUCUGUUGUGUUAACAAGCUUGUGUUUGCCAGUAGAUCCCCACUGUACUAACGUGCCAACAACUAGACGUCCACUGCACAUCUGCUCCCCUGUGUCCCCACAGGUGCCCCAGGUCAUGUAAGGAGCCCCUCAUCUAGAGGGGUGAGCGCUGCAUUGACUACUGCUGUCAGGAUUGUGUUGUGUGGAAUAAUCAUAUACAUAAAUUUUAUAUACAUAGUAAUUUCCCUUUUUAUAUUGUCAGGUAAAUAUUUGUAAAAGUUAUACUCACACAAAUGAAAUUAUUAUAAUGAUUACUAAUAUAUUUUUUCCAUGUUUCAUUGCCUGAAUAAAUACUGUUUACCACUGUUA